AUGGGAACACAGCUCGACUAUCGUCAAAGGCUUAACUUUGUCCCGGACAUUGUUAAAAUGUCUGAUGCGGCUGUCCAGUCGUCGCCGAUUCCGGGCCUCCUUGGACAAGCCUGGAUCGAUCAGGUUGAGAAGGAAUUCGACAAAGCAUUCGUGUCGCUCGAUAUCCUGCUCGGCGAGGUCGAUUCAGAUCAGGUUGAGAUCACGUACGAGGGACGCCAGAAGAUGACGGCCCUUUCCUCGUGCUUCGCGCAGCUUCUCCACAAAACGCAAACGUUGCACCACGCCCUUUCCCGCGUUCAGAAUGAGAGCAACAACCUUCGCGAUGAUUUGGUGUCGGCGAGGACUGUGAGCGCGGAGCGGCACAAGGAGUCGCAGCAGUUGCUUGUUCAGGUGCAUAGCCUCCAAUGUGAGCUGCACUCCAAGACGGCGCCGCACGAGUCGGAUAUGAUCAAAAAAGAAGCUGGAUCU